AUGUCGGUUACUGUCAGCCGGCGUGAAACUUGUUUAUUUUAAUAAGUGAACCUUGCGUGAAAUAAACAACUCAUUUUCUAUUUUUUUAUACCUUUUCUUUUUUUUAACUAAUUCCAACACUUAAUAAGUAUGUGUAUUAUACUUUUAGUAGUCCUUUUUCAACAAAUUGCAAUGUGAUAAAGUGAAAUUGACCUAACCCUUCGUAUAUAUACGUUAUUUAUGUUUUGUUUCAAAGUUUUUUUUGUUUACUCUAAGAAAACACGUUUUGUUGAUUUAAUCAUUGUGUCACGCACUUGUGGAAAUCAAGGUGUGCUCGUUCUUUGUUAUCUAUCAGUGAAAGUGUAAUGACUUUAACUGAAAUGGAGCCAAUGAAGAUUCAUCUGGAUGCAUUGGAAAUGGCAGGGAAAAUGGUUGAUAAGCAUAUUGUUGCUGACAGCAACUUUCCAACUCUUAUCAACUUGAUGCAUUACAAUGUCCAAGGGGGUCCAACAGUCAGUGGACUUGAUAUUUAUGAUUAUCCAAAUUUGAACGGGGUCUCCAUGGGCUUAACUAACAUUAAUCAAAUGAAGAUGCACAGCAAGAUACCACUACCUUCUGAAGUGAUGGAGCACUUUAGCCAUAUGCAAUGUCAUUGUAUGAUGGGCUUAUUUACAGAUAUUUCCAAGGCAUGGCUCACUAUUGACAGUGAUAUCUAUGUUUGGUCCUACGAAAAUGAGUCUGAUGUAGCAUACUUUGAUGGUUUAAAUGAAACUAUAAUAAGUGUUGGCCUUGUAAAGCCAAAAGCUGGUAUUUUUCAAAAUUACGUCAAGUACCUGCUUAUCUUAACAACCACAGUUGAAAUUACAGUGCUUGGUGUCACUUUAAAUGACAAUGAUGGUGUUCAAGGAGAAAUGCAACUCGUACCAGAGCCCAUUUUCACCGUCACAACUGAUGGAGUUGCAAUAACAACGAUCGCAAACUCGAACAGUGGACGUAUUUUUCUUGGAGGGAGAAACGGUUCUCUGUACGAAAUUUACUAUCAAGCGGAAAGCAGUUGGUUUGGCAAGCGUUGUAAAAAAAUCAAUCAUUCAGAGGGAACAUUCUCGUUUUUAAUACCAUCAUUCGUGUCGGUUGCUCUAAGCGAAGAGGAAUCAAUUAUUCAAAUCUCCGUCGAUGACUCUCGGAAUAUUCUCUAUACACUGGGUGACAAGGGCACAAUAACCGUCUGGGACAUAGACGGUGGUGGCGCAUCCAAAGUUACGUCGUUAUCGCAAGCAACGAUUGUGUCAAACGUCACUCAUGUCGUUCAAACUUUGGACAGCAACAACUUUCGUCCUUUGGCCACUAUCUCAUCGAUUAAUGAGUCUGAAUCCUUGCAUCUGAAUUUGGUGGCGGUCGCCGCGACGGGUACGAGAUUUUAUUUUAGCUGCACGUCUAUGUCGAAUCCAUCAGCGAGACCCCAGUGUCUUCAACUCAUUCACGUCAGAUUACCACCUGGUUAUUCAGCCAAUGCCCCAGUCAUGCGUCCGAGAAAAGUACAAAUGGCUCACUAUAAAAAAGGCACGUUAAUAUUGAUUAGUGGUGGUGAAGCUGAAAGUGCAUGGUGCUUGAGUAACGAUGCUUAUCCGUUCUCCACAUAUCUCGCCGAAACUCAAAGUAUUUUACCUCUCGACAGUCCAGUGUGGUCACUGGCUGAGAUUCCUGGAGAAUCGGCGAUUCAAAUUGAAAAACAAUGUGGUGGUCUUGGUGACCCUCCACUCUUAGUGCGCCAACACAUGGAACCACCUCGUAAAUUUAUACUCCUUACAGCCCAGGGUGCAAUUGUACUUAUUCAAAUGCGGCCUGUCGACAUUCUGAGGCAGCUCCUUUUAGAACAGCGUGGUCCUGACACAGACGCUGUUCGAGCUUACUUUCAGACACAGUCACCAGAGCAAGCUUGUGCGACAUGUCUUAUUCUUGCGACAUUGGAAAGCUCACAGAAUGCUCAGCUGGCUGAAUGGGCUACCAGAGCUUUCUUUUUGUACGGUGGUCAAAGGAUAGUUCAACCUACUGAUCCUCAUAAUCCAUUUUUCAACAUUACUGCGGUGGCAAGUGAUAUGCGUGCAACUUCGACGCCGCGAGUUUCGUGCUUCGACAACCGUACUCAACUGUUUCAACGCACGCCUCAACAACAACCACAACAGCAACAACAAACUUUCCCUCAGCAAAGUGGACCAAGUGCCGACUUGCAGCAGUUUUCAUCCAAGCAUGGUGGCCUCUACCUCUACAUCGGACGCAUACUUAGGCCUGUUUGGAGUUUGCGUUGCAUAAAGCAGGAACAAGUCGACGGCAAGUCGCACUUAAUGAGUACUGUUAACGCCAGCCAGAUUGGUUGGAUAUUAGGACACCUGCAAGCACUGCGCGCUUUCCUUAAUAAAAACACUCAUAUAACCAAACUACACGGUACAAUGAGAAGUAUUACUGAUGGAUUUGACAGUACAAUAAACAGUAACAUUCAAGAGCCAAUUGUGGAAGAGAGAAACUCUUUGGAUGCCCUGAAAAUUUUCAUUACUCACGCAUGUGAGAUUCUAGGCUUGUGGAAAAUUCUUUGCGAAAAUCAAUUGCACAACAUUGUUAGCUGUCUGUCAAAAGACCAGAUCAAUCAAUUUUGCAUUGCAACGUUUCGUGAUUUAAUUUUGCACGGACACGAGUAUUGUUCAUUACUUAUUUUUAAUCUGAUUGAAAGUUAUCUAGGGGAUAAUGCGUCCAUUGAUACUGUAAGUGCAAAAUUACGCGAAAUAUGUCCAAAUCUUUAUCGCAGCGAAGAUGCGGUUUGUUCAAAAGCAAAUGAAAUAAUAAUAAAAGCAAAAAACUGCACGAAUUUGGAAGAAAAAGAUUCGUAUCUCCUAUCGGCAUUGAGGUUGUGCAAAGAAGUAGGCCCUAGAUUAAAUAUUGGCGCAGUCUGUCAACAGUUUGUUGCCUGUCACUUUUAUCACGGAGUUUUACAGUUGUGUCUUAGCUGUGCAGAAAAAAUCGAUCCCAAUAAUGGUGCCGUACACUUUUACAAAAAUAACGAACCCAUUGAUGAUCAAGAAGGACAUCAAGCCUACUUGAAAAGACUAGAAAUCUAUAAAGAAUUUACUGCCAUGCUUGAUUAUCUUUAUAAUCAAGGUAUAUCCAAUUCAAUGGCCGUUGUUACUUCAGCAAAGGAAACUAUGAAUAAAAUGAUUCAAGAAGCAUUGAACUCCUCCUGUGAAAUUCUUCAUAUUGCAACAUAUAGUUGGAUGAUUGAUAAAGGACUCGAUGGUCAGUUAAUCGCCGCAGCGACACCUUCAUUAGAAAAUUAUUUAAUUCGCGUGAACGCACCAGAACUGUUGUGGCAGUAUUAUGAAAAAAAUAAAAAUCACGCUGCUGCAGCUAAAAUUCUUUACACUCUAGCAACAAAAACUGGAACUGAAAUUACAUUGCCACAACGAGUAGAGUAUCUCGCGCGAGCUGUGGUUUGUAUGAGAAGCGAUGAAGCCGGCUAUGCACCACAUCUUGGAGUAUUUUUAAGAGAACUUGAAGACAAAGUUGAAAUUGCCCGAAUUCAACAGCAAAUUCUUGAUACCAUUUGCAAUCAACAAGCACUUUUCGAUCCUAUAGUAGUUCAAGAUGUUAAAGUAAGAUUAAAUUCGGCUCUUCUGGACAUAACUCAGCUUUAUGAGGAGUAUGCAGAGCCUCUUAAGUUAUGGGAGUGUAAGUUGGCUAUUAUCCACUGUUCUGGUCAUCAAGAUGUAAUGUUGAUCCAAGGAAUCUGGAGGAACAUCAUUGAUUUAGAACUAAAAAAUGCCUUGGGAUCACCUGAAGAUAAAAUGACUAUUGUUACAAGCAAAGUAAGACUACUUGGUCAAGAAUAUUGUGGUACACCCCAUUGUUUCCCCAUUGAUUUCCUCUUAAAAGAAUUGGAAAUUAAAGCUUGCAAGCUUAAACUAUCUAAUGAUCAUAUUAUAACAUGUUUCCUUCAAUUGGGCGUAUCGAUAGAGGAACUUAUUGAUCAUUAUGACAAAAUGAUUGGAGGCAAUAAUCGAGUAUGGCUUAACGAAGGAAAUGAAUUCCAUUUGAUUGAAUCAACAGUUAAUCUAGUAAAUUAUUUCAUCACAAAUUCCAAUAUUACCAAUGCUUUUGUCAGGAGAAAAGUUAUCACACGGUGUCAAGAUGUUAUAUCAAAAUGCUUAACGAUAUUGUUUAGUAGACCAAUUGGGAAUGAGUUAACUGCCAAACUAAGAUCGAUCCAGAGUGUCCUUAAUCGUCUGUAAGAUACUAAAAAUUUCGUAUAAUUAUGGAUGUAAGUUCAAGUGUAAUGAGCCUGUUGUAUAAAACUUCAUUGGAACUAACAAUUUUGUACAAACUUGAUGUAAAGGCAACAAAUCAGUAAUAAAAUAAUGAAGUAAGAUUAAAGUUACAAUAAAUGUAAGAUUUUUUUACCUUAAAUGCUUAUACUCUAUAUUUGUAUUACAACAGUUUAUUGUUUUAAUAAAAAAAAA